AUAAAAGGCAAACAAAAUCAAUGUGUGUGGACGCAGUGCAGGAGAUCAGUCCUCCUUUAAUAGGCAUCCCCUAGGGUGUUCUCCACUUGGAUUCUUCAACCUUUUGCUGCCAUUCGUCUCUCCCUAAUUUUUCUGAAUCGAAAUUCUCAAUCUUUUCUAAGCAACCAAAACCCGAUUGCCCUGUGAUUUCCCUUUCCUUUUGCUCGCCGUUUUUUUUUUUUUCUCUUUUAAAUUCAUAGAAUCCCAAAUUCUUUCCUUCAGCCUUCAUAUAAAGUCAAAUAAAAUUCCCAAUCAUUUUGUUUUGCCAUUCAAAGUUAAAAGAUUUUGAGUUUUGACCCCUUUUUUCAUGGCUGAAUUUGAAGAUAUUGGAGCUGAUAUUGGAAAAAAAAAGCAAAAAUUAAGUUCCGAUAUUGAAAUUGAUAUAGCAGAAAAAGAUGUCAGUGACGAAGAGAUUGAUGCAGACAAAUUGGAAAGACGAAUGUGGAAAGAUCGUGUCAAACUCAAAAGGAUUAAGGAAAGACAGAAGAUUGCAGCCCUACAGGCUGCAGAAAAGCAAAAGCCCAAGCAGACCUCAGACCAAGCUCAGAGGAAGAAAAUGUCCAGAGCCCAAGAUGGGAUUCUUAAGUAUAUGUUGAAGCUAAUGGAAGUUUGUAAAGCACGUGGAUUUGUCUAUGGCAUCAUUCCAGAAAAGGGUAAGCCUGUAAGUGGUGCAUCAGAUAAUAUAAGAGCUUGGUGGAAAGAAAAGGUGAAGUUUGAUAAGAAUGGGCCAGCAGCCAUAGCCAAGUACGAGACAGAGUGUUUAGCUAUGAGUGAGUCAGAUAACAAUAGAAGCAGAAACCCACAGAGUAGUCUCCAAGACCUGCAGGAUGCUACUCUUGGAUCCCUCUUGUCUUCUUUGAUGCAGCAUUGUGAUCCCCCUCAGAGAAAGUAUCCACUUGAAAAGAGAAUUCCUCCACCUUGGUGGCCAACUGGGAAUGAAGAGUGGUGGGUAAAACUAGGGCUACAACAGGGUCAAAGUCCUCCUUAUAAGAAACCACAUGAUCUUAAGAAGAUGUGGAAAGUUGGAGUGUUAACAGCUGUGAUAAAGCACAUGUCACCUAAUAUUGCAAAGAUUCGGAGGCAUGUACGCCGGUCAAAAUGUCUACAAGAUAAGAUGACAGCCAAGGAGAGUGCAAUUUGGUUGGGUGUUUUGGGCCGAGAGGAAGCUCUGAUUUGGCAACCUAGCAGUGAUAAUGGAACAUCCGGCAUAACUGAAAUGCCUCAAGGUAGGCGUGGUAAUAAGAAGCAGCCUGCUAUCAGUGGUGACAAUGAUUAUGAUGUUGAUGGUUUUGACGACGGAGUAGGUUCAGUUUCUUCCAAAGAUGACAGGAGAAAUCAACAAACAAAUGCGGAGCCUGUGGCUUAUAUCAGCAAUGAUGAUUCCCACCCAGUCCAAGAGAAUGAGCCAGCGGAAAAACAACCUAGGAGGAAGAAACCUCGUAUAAGAUCAAGCUAUGGUGAUCAACAACCUGUAUUAAGCCAUGGUGAACAACAACCUGUAUCAAGCCAUGGUGAUCAGCAUCCUGGACCAUUGCCUGACGAACACAUAAAUGCCGAGUCAAGAAACACUUUGCCUGACAUCAACCAAAGUGAUAUAUCAUUUCUGGAAUGUCAGAUGCCUGGCACUCAGCAGGAAACUGAUGCAAGCACAGUGUUGAGGCAUGUGGAGAAAGGUUUAGAUGUUCAGUCAUAUCUACCUGCGACUGAGUACUGCCAUUAUCCUGCUAUUCCUUGUGCUAAUGAAAUUUCCACUCAGAGCAUGUAUGUAGAUGGAAGGCCCAUGCUCUCUCCGUUACUGCAACAUUCUGAGCUGCACCAUGGUGCUGCAUAUGAAUUUUAUAAUCCACCGGUUGAUUUUAGGCCUGGUCAUGAUGGUCAGCAAACUCAGAUGGAGAUGAAUGUAGCACAGAUUAGGCCAGAAAAUGGGGUUGAUGUAUCAGCACCAGGUAGAAUUGAACAUGAAAUUACUGGGGGAGAAUUGCAUCAUUAUGUGAAAGACCUGUUUCAUAGUGAGCAAGAUAGAGCUGUUCAUAAUCCCUUUGGGUCACCGACAAGUGAUCCAUCAUUUUAUGGUGGAUUUAAUAGCCCCUUUGAACUUCCAUUUGAUGGUACAAGUUCACUAGAGGAACUACUUGAUGAUGACUUGAUACAGUACUUUGGAGCUUAGGUUGGAAAACUUGAGAUGUCAGAGAAUAGAUUGCAAUUUUGCAGGAACUGCGAAAUUAUGCAUUCAUUACUGACCUGGAUGGAGGAAUUUCUCUCAUUCAUUAGUCUUUCUAGUACAGGUAUUAUCAUUUGAACAUGCAAAGACUUUUUGCAGGAACUCGAAAACAAUGCAUUCAUUGCUGAUCUGGAUGGAGGAAUUUAUCUUCUUCAUUAGUCUUUCCGAAUUGGUGUUAUCAUUUGUACAUGCAAAAACUGUAUGUGAAGUCAAAUUUUCUAAUUUAGUUUUGCUCAUCUUUUCAAAGAAAAAAAAAGUGUCAUCUUCCCCAGCUUCCCCUGAAUGGUAAUUGUUGGGCUUUCAUGUAAAUGUGUCAAUUGUAGAAACAGUCCAUAUGUCAAACUUGUGACAUUUUCCUUGUUUCCUUCGGACAAAAUAGCUCAUCAGUCGAUCUAUUUCUUUCCCUGUAAAUGAGUUUACAUCUGUAUAUGGUUAUUAUUUAUACAACAUAUCAUUUCCCAACCUCCCCUCCCCUCAACAAUACUCCCCUUACGAAUGACAUAAGUUGGAGCUUUUGGUUAUUUGUUAUAUCUUCAAUGCUUUUGCAUUUGUAUGGGGUUAGUUUAUUGCAAGAUAGAUGCUUUUUGAGCUUUGUAUUAUUGUGUAGUACAUAGACAUAUUAGAUUAGGGCCUUUUCUUAGGGGUAAUUCUUAACGAUUCCAAUCCUCGCUUGUAAGUGUGGAUAACUUUAUUCAAGUUGUUUUACAGUUAUACUACUAUAUUUUGCUUCCCUGGGUCGCUUAAGGCCUUGAAACCAUAAUUCCUUCCAAACUGCUUCCUGAUCAGUUUCCUGAAAGCAUACCACACCCAAGUUAAAAA